CUGGUUUAUUUUCGCGCUCGCGUGUCGUAUCGUUUAUCUUUUGCUUUCGGAAAGUGUUUUGUUGUGCGAUUGGUGUUGGAAAAGUGGCUUGAUAUCGAAUAAUUUUAUUGUAAACAGAUGAAACUGCAUCGGGAAAUCAACAGCUUUCAAGUAUAGAUUAUAAUCCGGCACUUAUACUCCUACAGCAAAUCUGUAUAAAGUUGAUAUCGAUAUCAAUAUAGUUAUGAUUAAAUCAAAACAAAUUUUGUUUUAGUUUGUGUUGUUUAUAUAACAAAUUGCUGGUUGCUACGUACAUGAAAAAUGUGUGGCUGGUGCUCAAAAGAAGACCUGUUUUUGGAAAUCCCAGGAACGUCAAGUUUAUAAGCUCGACCUCGCUUUCAGAACCUGCAAAGGGCGGCGUUUCAAUUCCGCCUCCAAACGAGCGUUCAACAAACAGGCAGGCCUGGCUAGCGCUCAACUCCACCAUCGAAUGCACGAGGUGCUGUUCUUCGGAGGUCAUGGCGUUCAAAUACGCCGGUGCAGAACCUGCUGGAAUGACCACCGUAGACUCGGCAAGCCUGGCGCUCAUCACCGCCAUCGAACGCAAGUGGUGCAGCUCCCCAGAGGUCAGGAGACAAACCUGGCGUUCACGCCGGUGCAGAACCUGCUGGACCAAUCAGCGUACAUGAUUAUUUGGUGUUAAAUUACGCCAAACUGACGCGCGCUGAAGGUCGGAACGACCACCGUAGAACCGGCAGGCCUGGCGCUCAACUCCACCAUCGAAUGCACGAGGUGCUGCUCCUCGGAGGUCAUGGCUUUCAAAUACGCCGGUGCAGAACCUGCUGGAAUGACCACCGUAGACUCGGCAAGCCUGGCGCUCAUUUCCGCCAUCGAACGCAAGUGGUGCUGUUCCUCGGAGGUCAUGGCUUUCAAAUACGCCGGUGCAGAACCUGCUGGAACGACCACCGUAGAACCGGCAGGCCUGGCGCUCAACUCCACCAUCGAAUGCACGAGGUGCUGUUCCUCGGAGGUCAUGGCUUUCAAAUACGUCGGUGCAGAACCUGCUGGAAUGACCACCGUAGACUCGGCAAGCCUGGCGCUCAUUUCCGCCAUCGAACGCAAGUGGUGCUGUUCCUCGGAGGUCAUGGCUUUCAAAUACGCCGGUGCAGAACCUGCUGGAACGACCACCGUAGAACCGGCAGGCCUGGCGCUCAACUCCACCAUCGAAUGCACGAGGUGCUGUUCCUCGGAGGUCAUGGCUUUCAAAUACGCCGGUGCAGAACCUGCUGGAAUGACCACCGUAGACUCGGAAAGCCUGGCGCUCAUUUCCGCCAUCGAACGCAAGUGGUGCUGUUCCUCGGAGGUCAUGGCUUUCAAAUACGCCGGUGCAGAACCUGCUGGAACGACCACCGUAGAACCGGCAGGCCUGGCGCUCAACUCCACCAUCGAAUGCACGAGGUGCAGCUCCCCAGAGGAUGGCCUGGCGUCAUCGAACAUCCCGAAAGCAUGCGGUGCAGUCCCCUUCCUCCCAGAGAUCAGCUGACAUUCAUCACCGCCGGACAAACAGAAAGAAAGGAAAUCAGACUUGAAAACGCAUUUUUACGUUGCCAGAUAAUAUUAGAAACUCAAUGUUUUUUGUUGUUUUGUGUGUAUUGUAGGUGAUAAAGCGACAUUUAUCUUUGAAUAAAGCCUUAAAAUUUGAAAAAA